CCAGCUCUUGCGGUUCUGUCUAUGCUAAAGAAUGGGCGAGCGCUGCGUUGUGGGGCACACAAAUGUACCGUUCGGACUCCCGAAGCCAUUUUGCUCGUUCGCAAGUGCAGAAACCCACGAUUUUCCAAUUCGAAAAUGGCUUCACAAAUUGUGGAUGACAAGUCGGAACAUUGCAUUCCCUUCAUUCUCGAGUGUCUAUCUACACACAGGAAAAAGUACCUGGACGAGGGCCAGCAACCCCCUCCAUUCUUUCUUGGAUUGAAUGGAGUCCAAGGCGCUGGGAAAACAACGCUGGUCAAUACACUCUGCAAGACGCUUCGCUCACCGCCUCACUCUCUCCCUACUACCGUACUCAGCAUUGACGACUUCUAUCUCACCCACACCGCUCAAGUCGCCCUCGCGGAAUCGCAACCUGACAACCGACUGGUCCAGCACCGUGGCCAACCCUCGACCCAUGACCUCACGCUCGGAGCCUCCGUCUUCGCUGCCCUGAAAGCGCGACAGCCGGUGAAGAUCCCUGUAUACGACAAAUCACAAUUCAGUGGGCAGGGCGACCGAGCUGUUGAAUCCACAUGGGAGGAAGUAAACAGGCGUAGUGACUCGAGUAUCGAUGUCGUUGUUUUUGAGGGGUGGUGUGUUGGCUUCCGACCAUUGAGCGACGCCGAGGUGGAAGAGAAGUGGACUGAGGCGCGGCAGGGUAAAUUCGGCGAGACUCAAUUGGAGCAUCAUCAACUGCAGGAUUUGUUGUUCAUCAACAGGGCGCUAAGAGAAUAUGAUGUGUUGACUGACUCCUUGCAUGCUUUCAUUCAUAUCGACGCUGAAGACACCAAGUACGUGUACGAGUGGAGGCUGGAGCAAGAAGUGGGCUUGCGCGCUUCGAGAGGAACGGGCAUGACGGAUGAGCAGAUCAUUCACUUCGUCGACGGAUAUUACCCCGCAUAUGAGCUCUAUACCGCCACUCUUCGAAGGGGCAUCUUCGAUUCCGGGGAAGCGGGAAGACAGCUGAGAUUGGUAGUCGGACGAGACCGGCGCGUUAAGUCAACUCAGAGGAUUUAAAACGCGCGAUAACGGGAUGUCGACCUUCUACUCCAGGAUGCUCAAUGUCGACAGAGGUGCCGGGUAGCACGAUCAGCGUCCUUCGGAGGACCACAUGCAAAGGCCCUAGGAGAGAAAUGUCUUUGCGCUGUCUAAUCAGAUAGGAGAAAGACUGGGAUCACAAAGGCGGGUGCCACGAAUUUGCAAGCUCGGACGGGACAGCUUCUAUGCGAGUCAUAUGGCGAUGACACAUCUCUCUCUGCGUAGAUAC